CCACCAUGGAAGGGUAUGCUUAAAAGCAGGUAAUAGAGUAUUCAGCUCUUCUUAUUGGAAGUACCGCGAUUUGUUGGAUCUCAACAUAAACUGCUUCAAAGGUUUCGCUUACGGAAAACAUUCGUUAAGAAUUAAAAGAAACAAGCAAUAAUGACUGAAAAGACCGUAUCUGUCGAGGAAGUGUUGAAGCACAACACUCGCGAAGACUUAUGGAUUGUCGUCAAAGAUGAAGUCUUUGACAUCUCCAAGUUCAUUGAGGCUCAUCCUGGUGGUGAAGAAGUCUUGGUAGACCUUGCUGGUCACGACGCAAGUGGUCCCUUUGAGGAUGUUGGUCACUCGGAAGAUGCUCAAGACAUGCUUAGAAAGUUCUAUGUUGGCAAAUUGGUGAAGACGGAAGGUGGUCCUCAAUUGCCCACGAACGGUUCUUCCUCUGAUGGUAAGGACUACGACUCCUCCCAACCUAUUCACCCAGCAAUGUGGGUCUUCGUUAUUGCUAUGAUUGGUGCUUAUGUUGCUUUCCGUAUGUAUUUCAUCAAAUAAGCUUGUACAGAAGUGCAAUCAAUAUUAUGAGGGAAAAGAAGUAAGCCUGCUUUACAGGUGAAGUUGACAGCCCUAUAUUCCGUUUAACUUUACUUUUGGUUUCUUUUUAUUUUCCUUUUCGUAUUCAUAGGUGCAUUAUUGUUCUUGUCCUCCCGUUCGUUUCCUUUUUACCCGGUACAUAUCACAUCUAUCGUUUUUGACAAGUUGCAAUCUAUUAAUCUUUUCGUUGCUUUAUUUAGAAUAAAUUUUUAUGGCGUUUCUGUAUUAUUCCUUUUUUCUAUUUUUUUAUCAGAGAAAGGAAAAGUUUGAUACAAGAGGCCCUCCCACUCAAAUCUUUUUUAACUAUUGCUCUUCUAUUAAUUUUAAGUAGCUUUUUGUUUGCCUUGAAAGAUUGUGCAAACUUUAGGUAUCAUUUCAUUCUACCGUUUAUUUCACUUAGCUAUAGUAUAUGGGUAUAUCUUUUCAAAGAACAGAGGCUUGUUGUUGCUUCACUCUUUCUAAUAAUUUCAGUUUCUCUUUUUCAAUUUAUUUCUUAAAAGUACAUAUUGUUAAAAAAUACUUGUUGAAACAGGCAGUUGAAGGACAAUACAAGUGUCCAUCUUUAUACAAUGACAUGACUUGAAAGUAAAUGUAUAAAGUAUAAUCUUUUUUAAAAAAGUAAAAAUAUUUAUAUAUAUGUAUCUUGUAUAUAAAAAAAAAGCCGAUCUUUACUACUAAAAAAUAUCAAAACUGUUCAUCAAAUGAAAUUGGACCUGAUCUCUAGUGCGCUAAAUA